AUGCCCAAGCUCCGUCCGUCGCACAAGCUCCUUGCCCUUUUGGCAGCGCUCUGGCUCGUGUUGUUCACCUACCACGAACACAUUGUGCCGCGCACGACGGCCGCCCGGUGCCAGUGGGCGCCUGUGGAACCGGCACAAACAAAUGUUCUUCUUGUGGCCGACCCACAACUUAUCGACAACCACACGUACGUGGGGCGGAACGAGCUUCUCCUCGGCUUGUCCAAGCACACCGUGGACGUGUACAUCAAGCAGAACUACCGAGCGCUCGUGGAGCAGCUCAAGCCGGACCGGAUUUUCUUUUUGGGCGACUAUCUCGACAAUGGGCGGCUGCUGCUGGAUGUUUACUACGAGCGCGAGUUUGCGCGGUUUGAGGCCAUUUUCGCGCGCUGGCCCCAGUACAAGCGCGGCCACACGUGGUUCACGGACGUGCCGGGCAACCACGACGUUGGCUUUGGCGACGGCGUGCGCGCCGAGGCCCAGGCGCGUUUUGCAGCCCACUUUGGCUCGCCCAACGCCGUGCACUUGGUCAACGGCGUGCAGUUUGUGCUGCUCGACACCCCGAGCUACUCGCUGCAGUCGGGCGAAGUGCGCCGCGCGCUGCACGACCUUGUGUCGCUGCUCAUGGACACAAAAACAGACCACCCGCGCGUUUUGCUCUCGCACGUGCCGCUCUACCGCGACACAGAGGCGCUCCCGUGCGGCCCGCUCCGCGAAAGCGCGCGCUUCGACCAGGGCCGCGGCUACCAGUACCAGCUGGCGUUGGACCCGUUGGUGCUGGCAGAGCUUUUGGGGAAGUUGAAGCCACAGCUUGUUUUCCUGGGCGACGACCACGACUACUGCGACGUGCAGCACGUGGGGCUGGCCCGCGAGGUCACCGUCAAGUCCAUCUCCAUGGCCAUGGGCAUUCGCUAUCCCGCCGUGCAGCUCUUGUCCUACGUGGCCCACGGCUCAGACCUCAGCUACGACACCCACAUGUGCUAUCUCCCACCGCCAUACCGUGACAUUGUCGCCUACGUCACCAUGGCCGUGGCCUCGGCCGUGACACUAGCGGUGUGGCUGGCGAUCCAGCGCAAACCCCACCGCAGCCGCGACGCUCUGGACACGGCGCAGAAGGUGUCGGCGUUUUUGGAAGGCGCCGAAACCGGCGAACCCGUUCCUCAGUAUACGGUGACGGUGCCACGUUGGGCGCAAAUGUGGUACGGCUUAUGCUCUUUUUGCCGCCGCUGGCACGUCGGAGCGUUUUUCCGGCACGCUGCAAUCCUUGGUGCAGCUGCUGUGGCAAUGUACUUGGUGCUGGUGUGGUUGGUGUGA